AAUAUAAUUUUUUAUCGAAAUUGUAUACCUAUUGGACAAAAUUAGAAUAAAUUUAUUAUUAAACGCAACAGCUGUUGUAAAAGUUAAAUAAGGGGUAAAAACCAUCUUAAACUAUUUCAGUUACCAUCUACCGAACAGAAACGAAUGAAGAAUAUGUAUACUUACUUAAAUAUGAGUCCGGUAGUUCAGUUUUAGUUCAGUUGAACGUUACUGCCAAACGGAACAAAAUCGAAUUAAAAUAUUUAAUUUUUUUUACGGUUUUUCCAGAAUUAUUUUUACGUUGGUAAAUUUUCAAAGCAUACGUUUCUCAAUUAGUGGAACUAUCAGUUGUUUAACGUGUACCGUAUGUUAUCACUGACUUGUUACAAAACAUUACAAUAUAUAUAAAUUGUAUUGUAACUUAUAAUGCUAUGAAGUACAUGAACAAUAAUUAUAAUAUGACAACCAAGUACCUACCAACUAACCAUAAAAACGACCCAAGUUGAACAUUCUAAUUUUGGUCAUAGAAUUCUAAAUAAUUAUUUCGAUUAAAAUUAUUCCCAUACUACUGUUAAGGAUAAAAUUUGUUUUGGUUUGAACGGUUCGGAUUGCAAAAUGUCGAUGCCGUUCCGUUUCGAAACAGUAUAAUUAAUAUAAUUUCGUGUUAUCUGUAGGUAGGUAUGUGGACUAUAAGAAUUAAAACCUACCCAUCGUGUAGGCAGCAAUAAUAAAAAUAUUAAAUCGCACACGUUUUGCAGAAAGUGGAAGAAAAACAUGGCAACAAAAAACACCCAAAAUGAGAAAUUGUCUGGUUCGCGUCGACAACGGCCGAUCGGCUCUCGUCCCGACAAUUUUCCGAAGUCCAUCCCGAAGGCAAAAUCUGUAAAGGUAUACCUCUAAAACGAGUUUUAGAGAAAAUUACAAUAAUCAUUAUCAGGUAAGGACGAGUUACCGAUUUGGGUGAGGACGUAUCGUUUUCUGGUAUAUCUUAUUAUUUGAAUAUUUCACCCAACACGAAGUACGUAUUGUAUUAUUAUUAUUAUAGCGCACUUAGCAGUUUCGGAAUAAAACAAAAAACACACGUUAUUUAUAAUAAUAUAAUAUAAUAAUUCAUAUCCGACAAAACCUCGCGUAUUUCAAUCGCGAUGAUAUAUUUCCAUAAUAAUUAACGUCAACGGAACAAAGUCGAUCUCGCGAAUGGCUUAAAGAUAAAUCGUGUCGGCCUACGUAAACAAAAUACAACGUCCUUGUCGUAUAUGAUAAUAUAUCAUCGUUUCGGUGAUGAAUUUUCUGUUCAAGAAGCCUACGCGCUAAAAUAUUAUAAUACCUACGUUUUUUUUAUUUAUAUUAGAUUAUUUAUUUCACGUAUUUUUUAAUUCCAACACUACGUAAUUUACGCGGCAUCCGUUUUGACAAAACCUUAGAUUUUGGCUAAAUAAUUAAAGAAAAAAAAGCUGACGAUUUACGUACUGACGAUUGACGACAGGGGUGAAAUGGGUUUUUCUUCUAUCUAUAAGAAUUACAUUUCUAAUAAUUAUCAGUCAUUCGAAAUAAACAAAUAAUAGGUACUUAUAUAAUUAUUUAUAUUGUAUUAUUUUUUAAACAUAUCGAAUAGAAGAAAAAUUGCCUGCGCAUAAGUCCGUGUAGUACUAUGAUGACAAAAUAUUGGCACAACGAUUAUAUCGUCCCACAGUCGAAAACACCAUGUCCUCUAAAAUGUGUAGAAGUGAUUGGAUCACAUUGUGAAAAGGUGACUUCUGACGCACGGUCGGCCGGGAAUAAUGCUACAGGACGUAUUGUUAACGGAUUCACAUGGUCUACGAAAGAUAGUGGUUUCAGUAAGAAGAGCAACUACGGCCCCAAAGACAAAUGUCAAGGAAUCACAGCAUCGGUUGUCGUCUGCAAAACCGGAGUGACAGAGUACUGGUUUUACAGACGAGGAUUCAUUUCCACGAUUCAUUACAAAGAGACAUCUAACAAAACCGCCUUUAAAAUACAAAAGAAAAAAACCACAUCAUAGUCUUAUAUAUAUAUAUAUAUAGGUUGUAUAAUAUUAUUUUAAUAUAUUUGUAUGUUUUGUA